AUGCGGGCUUCUUUUAUCCGGGAGAUGGAAAAGAACGUGCUAAAUAAUAUGAACUACGACUGUUCGCUCGAAGAACUGGCUCUUGAAUGCUUCAAAGAACAGAGUUGUCCCGCUCUUGAUGGCGUUGUUCAUGUUAACUACAAUGAGUACAAAUUGAUGAAGUUAAAAGGCAGUUGUAGUGUGGUACUCUAUGCUUUAUUGUAG